CUUAGAAGGGAUGGCGCCUAUGAAGGUGUACGGGUGGGCGGUGUCGCCAUGGAUGGCACGGGUCCUCGUCUGCCUGGAGGAGGCCGGCGCCGAGUACGAGAUCGUGCCCAUGAGCAGGAGCGGCGGCGACCACCGGCAGCCGGACCACCUCACCAGAAACCCCUUCGGUGAGAUCCCGGUGUUGGAGGACGGCGAUCUAACGCUUUACCAAUCUCGUGCCAUCGCAAGGUAUAUUCUCCGCAAGUACAAACCCGAGCUUCUGAGAACAGGCAACCUCGCCGAGUCGGCGAUGGUGGACGUAUGGCUCGACGUGGAAGCACUCCAGCACGAGCCUAUAGUGCGGCCAAUCGUGGCGAACUGCAUCGUCUACCCGUUCGAAGGCCGCAGCCGAGAUCAGGAAAUCGUUGAUGAGAAAAUCGAGAGGUUGAAGAAGCUGCUGGAGGUCUACGAGUCAAGGUUGUCCGGCAGCAAGUAUUUGGCCGGGGAUUUCAUCAGCCUCGCCGACCUUAGCCAUUUCUCCUUGAUGCGCUACUUCAUGGCGACGGAGUAUGCAGACCUGCUCGAUGCUUACCCGCACGUCAAGGCAUGGUGGGCUGCGUUGCUGGCAAGGCCGUCGGUCAAGAAGGUGAUGGCGGGCAUGCCUCCUGAUUUUGGGUUCGGGAGUGGGAACAUACCAUAAUAAGACCUUCUUGUGUAAGUGUAUGUUAUGGCUAUAAUUAUUUGUUUAGAUUAAAAAAUACAUAUAAAAGGAAAUACAAAUCACACACAAUAAAUUUGUCAUUUAUACAUCGGCAAGGUGUUUGUACUAAUCACAUCCAGUAACUAAACUGUCCACAUAAUGUCAUUGUACGACUGUUAAUACAUUAUCAACUGCGUCAAAUGUUGUUUUCAUGAAUAUAGCUAUUCACUCUGUUCCAGUG